CCAAACAUUAUUUCACCCAGAAACAUGAAGCACCACUAUUGUUUUUCCUUGUUCCUUAUUUUGGUCAUGUUGGAGCUUAUCACCAUUUCAAGUGUGGCUUAUGGUCAAGGAAAUGUGCUCAAGAAAACAUUGAACUCUUCAUCAUUACAUCGUCCCAAAGCAUCGUUGUCAAUUGAUUACUAUCAUAGAAAAUGCCCCGAUGCUGAAGGCAUUAUCUCACAGAAGGUUUCCGCAUGGAUUAAGAAGGACCCCACACUGGCCCCUGCCAUAAUCCGCUUGCACUUCCAUGACUGUGCCGUCAGAGGAUGCGAUGGAUCAAUUUUGCUUAACCAUAAAGGUAGCGAGAGAAGUGCAUUUGAGAGCAGAACCCUCAAAGGUUUUCAAUUGAUUGAUGAAAUUAAAUCCGAGCUAGAGAGAAGGUGUCCAGAAACAGUCUCUUGCGCCGACAUUCUAACUGCCGCUGCAAGAGAUGCCACAAUUCUAGCCGGGGGACCAUUUUGGGAAGUCCCAUUCGGCCGCAAAGACGGUCGAACUUCCUUAGCUAGGGAAGCUAGUAUGGUCCCCCAUGGCCAUGAAAACAUCACAACCCUUCUUGAAUUCUUACAAGGAAUUGGCCUAGACAUGCUUGAUUUGGUUGCUCUCUCAGGCUCACACACAGUUGGGAGGAGCACUUGCCACUCGUUCAUGGAUAGGCUUUAUAACUUUAAUGGUACCGGGAAGCCUGAUCCGUCAUUAAAUGUGAAUUACUUGAUGUUGUUACGGAAAAGGUGCAAAAGGGAGUCGGAUUUGGUGUACCUUGAUGCCAUAACACCAAGGACUUUUGACACAACAUAUUACACAAACCUUAUGAGGAAGGUUGGGUUAUUGUCAACAGAUCAAUCACUCUAUUCAGAUGCAAGGACUGCUCCUUUUGUUGAAGCAUUUGCAACACAGCCUUUCCUUUUCAGAAGCCAGUUUGCAGUGUCAAUGGUGAAGCUUGGGAAUGUCGGGGUUCUCACUGGGUCAACUGAUAAAGGUGAAAUCAGAGUGAACUGCAACUAUGUCAAUGGUGCCUGAUUCGAUUUGGAAGUGGUGUGUGGGAGACCUACUUAUGUGUCGUUAAAUGGUUCAUCUUUUCAAUGGUUCUUUUUUCAAUAACUAAAUAAUUUUUUUAUAUAUAUAUUUAUGUGCAACAA